GCGCAUUCUGCACAGCCGGUGCACCCCAGCGCGUGCAGGCUGCUUACACUAAAUGACGCUGGCUUUUUCUUCAGCUUUCUUCCGGAUCAAUAUAGGCAGCUACUGAUAUUAAAUUAAUACCGAUGCAAUACAAUAGCACUAUUGUUUCAAAUAACAUUCGGAGAAAAAACUAUUUCUCUGAAAUGUAAUCACUGCUCGAUACGGAUCUGCAGAAACCUCCAGACCAUUUGUGUAACCUGCCUUAACCUCUGGCCUCAUCUCCUCCAGUUGAUGGGUAGUGAGGGGUGGUAGAGAUGUUCGUCUCUAUGUCUCUCCAUCGCCUCCUUCUGACCACAGCCUGCGUCUGCGUCCUCGGCUCCCCAGCGCCGCCCCUCCACCAGCAGGCAUCCUCCUCAGAGAACAGGGACUGCGCUGGACCAUGCGUCGCCAUGGCCACCACUGGUAGCUCCACCUCAACACACGGUCUCCACUCUGAGCCCUCAGAUGGCGGGAAGGAGACGACUGGGGUGUCUGAGCAUGUGACUACGAGCUGGAUUGACCUAUCCGAGACUGUGGAAGCAGAGGGAGGGGCCGGCUCAGACGGGGGAGAGAUGGGACUUGAAGGAAUAACUUCAGUCAAGCAGACGAGAAAUGAGGUAAGCCGUGAAGGAAGAUCUGGGACGAGAAGGGCUGGGGAGGAGGCUGGGGAGGAGGCUGGGAGCCGGAGGACUUGGGCUGAGACGAAGGCUGCCACCGAGAGCUUGUCAAAGAGGGAAGAGACACAGACAGAGACUCGUGUCGAGAGGGGACCAGGACCGGGUGGGGACAUCAUGGAGAACAUACCUGCCACCAAGCUAACAUCCAUGCAAGAAGAACAGGGAAUGAGAAGGGGCAUGACUGCACAGGGAGUAGUGUGUGAAUCUGCCGCCUCCUCCACACUCUCACCAAAGUCGGUGCCUCCCAGCCAGACAGAGAGUGAAGUGGCUGGGGAGACGAAGGGCCCUGUGCUGGAAAACAGCUCAAACAUCUUUGGAAGAGAAGAGAGGAGGAGCAGACCAAGCUUGUCCAGCCUCGGACUGCCUCUUCAAGAUGCAGACAUGACAAGGCCAUCAUAUAUAGACCAUGUGGGCUCCUCAGGCUCGGGUCAGAAAGGUACCCCCCUGACGGGAUCUCAGCUGAGCCGUAUCUCCUCGUCUCUCCACUCUUCACUGACCUCCAACCCCGACUCAAUGUGGGCUGAGGAGGAGGUGACUGUCCCCUCCCUUCCAGAUCCCCUCCUGCCCGACCUUGGAACAGUCCUGACCUCCAGGCAAGAAGGCCCAGAUAGCCUCUGGACUGAACCACUGCGGCAAAUUGGAGAGGACACAGUGGCACCUUUGUCCCAAGACGUAGCCACGGAAGGAACCAUGUCGUCAGAGGACCUACCUCUCAUCUUCGAGCCAUUCGACGAUGUCACACCAGAGGGGGCGUUGCCGUCCGCCACUCCUAUUCCUGGUGACUCCCAGACACCUGCUGCCAUGGCAACCGGAGGGAUGAUGCUGUCAGAGGCGGAGCUUGACCUGCUGGUCACCGUCGAUGCCGACAGUGAUGGCCCUUCACAUGCCCCAUCUUUGCUGAUACCGGACUGGACAUCGCCAUGGCAAAUAUCAGGAGCGGAGAUCUCUGAGCCAAUCAGCCCCUCAGUGGGCGGGGACACGCCCCGUGACCUUGGAGACACCCUGCCCACUUCUGGACCCUCCUCUUCAUCAUCAUCAUCAUCAUCCAUCCAGACCCCCGUGGCAACGGUCACCACGGCAACCGACCACCCAACUGCACCCAAACUCAGGUCCGGGCUGGAGGAACUGGAGUCAGAAGAGGAGCCCGACGAGGACGAGGAGGAUGACAAUGCGGAAGAAUCUGAGGAGGAGAGCCAGGAGGAGCUGGUAGAGUGUUCCAUCCCGGCUCCCACACGCCCCCCUUUCAACCUCAUCCCCCCACCUCCUGUCUGGGUGCAGCGAAAUCAGGGACUCAUGCGUAGCUGGGUAGAACUGAUCCGGGAAAAGGCUGGAUACGUGUCUGGGAUGUUGGCCCCUGUAGGCAUUGGCAUAGCAGGGGCCCUGCUAAUUGUGGGAGCCCUCUACAGCAUCAGGAUGAUCCACCGCAAGAGGAGGAACAGCUUCAAGCACCAGAGAAGGAAGGCCAGACAGACAGAGCAACCCCUUGAACCAGGCAGCAGCCGACAGGACCAAGCCAUGCUAUUGGCUGACAGCUCUGAGGACGAGUUCUGAUUGGCGAUUAGAUGGUUAGAGCAUUGUGUCUGUGACCAAUGCUGAGCUGUGCCGACAAGAGCCAACAUUUCAAUCUCCAUGACUACGGCAUCUCCAAUCACUGGGGUGUUUUGGUUGUGACUCAUCAGUUCUAGAGAGCACUCGACAGCGCAGGGUGAAGUUGCACACACUGAUCUCAGGUCAGUUUUGCAUUGUCCACUUACCAUGUACUGUAGGUGUUACGGUGGGGGUGAUAAGCUGAUCCCAGGUCUGUGAUCAGGAGUAUUAUGAGGGGCCAUGUACGUAAAGGGCUGGAGAAGACACCUAACAUAGAAUUAACACUCUGUAAAUACUGUACAGUAUUAAUGUAGCUUACACGGAAUUCAAUCUUAUUCGUGGCUUUCCUUGUCUCCCUGUCAAUGAUCUUGGAGCAAAACUAAGGAGUAUUAUAUCCAUAUAAAUGACAUACUUCAUUGACACUGACUAACAAUGCAUUGUAUGUAGUACCCGCUUGCAUUAGGCAGCUAUGUAAAUGAUUCAAUGAAAAUACAUUUGUCAAUUCAGCCUUGUGUGUGUUGCCAUUCUCUUUUAGCAUGCAGCUGAAACCAUUUUGUGGACGUACCUACUACUGUAAACUAUCACCUUUUGUGUUGCUGUCGUCAAUAUCGUUCCCUCUCCCAAGUGCUUUGCAAACAACCUCAUCACUGUUCUCAAGCUGAAAUGCAUCAUUGAGCACGUUUUUCAUAGAUCAGGUCACUUAUAAGCUAGUCAAAUUAGAGAACACAGGAAGCAAUCACAUCUACCCAUAAACCCAACUUCUUCCAUUUUAUCUCUCAGAAUCAGAAAGGGUUUUAAUCGCCAUGAAAGUUUGCACAGACAAGGAAUUUACUUUACCAGUUUACCAAGUCUCAGUGAUUGUUAGCCUAGCUAACGCUACUACUCAAAUCCGUUCAUAGCUAGCUACUUUUACUGUGUGUUAGAUAAACCUUACCUCGAUGUAGCUCGAAACGUACAAUUUGAACCCCUUUUCCCUCUUGCUAAAGGGCAGCAACAUAGAAUCCCACGCACAUCGUUAAGUGUCAUUUUGUCAAAUGUUUUGUUAGCAGAACAAAGUGCUAGCUCCUGGAAGCUGUUGACUUGGCUUAUACAAUAUGCGGAAGUAAUGCGUGCAUAGUGAAUUAGGGUGGGGGGGCUACCAAUAACGUUCCAAGCGUAAUUAUUGGCGUUUCGGUCAUGAUUAAUUAAAGGCACAAUAUAAGUUAAAAAUGUGUACGAAUUUUUAUAACCAUUUGCCAAAAGUAUUUAUAAAUAUUUUGAUAUUUAUUUGUCGUUUAUUUUCAUUGGUUUAGCGGCCCACCUGCAUUACCCUAAUGGACCACUAGUGGGCCUCAGCCCACAGGUUGGGAAUCGCUGUGCUACUGUAUUACUUAUCUUCAAAAAUAACUUUAGAAAACUUACAAAAAAAGUUUUUCCUUUAUUUAACCGGGAAAGGGACUGAGAUUAAAAAUCUAUUUUACAUUUUAAUUUACAGACUAGCAAUGAAUAUAAAUUAGCUACUGUAGGUUAUAGUAUUCAGUAGAAUCUUAUUUGAUGUCUUUUAUUGUUGACAAAUGUUUCCUUCACGUUAAUGUCCCUUGCAAGAUUUUCGUAGAAAACAAUGGUGUUUCAAAAGUGUCAAUUCAUGUGAUCACAUAUGCUUACAAUAUUGAUCUUGAUAUUACCAGUAUAUUAACAAACUGCCUGUGCAUAUGCAAUAAUACUGUACAAUGUAUGUGUGCAGUACCAUGUGAACAUAAUGAAGAUGUCUUUCUAUAGAUCUUCCUAAUGAGGAAUGUUCUCCAAUAAAGAUGUUUUAACCCAAGAAACAGAUUAAGGAAUUGUGUGUGUAUACUUUCUCAAGUACACUUGCUUCCAGUGAAAUGUGUUACAUGCAUG